AUGGGCAAGAGAGCAAGGAAACGUUCGGCCCAUGCAGCCCUUGGGCCGCCGCAGCCACCGCCCCCAAACACGACAUCGGCACCUACUGCCGCCGUCGCCGCCGACGAGAAUGAUGUUGCCCAGCCUCGUGCAGCCAAGCGGCGCCGUCAUCGUCAGGCCGAACGUCGCCUCGGUCCCGCACCAGGUUCGGCGUAUCUCCAGCCGGCCCCCGUGGUGGGCCCACCUGUCCUCCCUGCCGAGCUGCGGGUGUCGCUCUCGCCUGUUGCGGUCGUGAAGAACGCCUCUCGGUCCAGCCCUCCGCCCUCCCCAAGUCAUCGUCGUACCAUCAGCCCCCCGCGGAACAAGAUGCCCUCGUCCCAGGCGGCCACAAUGGAACUGAACGAAUCACAAGUACUAGCUCACCAUCAAACUGCCAGUCAAGAGUUCGAAGACGAGCCUGAGCCCGAGCCGGUAGCCGGUCCGUCUAGGACUCGCAGCGCCAGCGCAAGCGUGCAGAUCGUGGGAUCGCGCGCGGCCUCUGCUUCCCCGACCAACUCUACGAUGCCACCGUCGGGUUCUGCGACCAAGGGCAAGGAGCGUGCUGCUGAGGAAGCCGAAGGCGACGACGAUGAGGUCAUUGUUAAGCCCGAGCCGCAUUCCUCACCCAUGGCAGCUCCAGUAAGGCGCCCUACCGGCUGGCUCGCAAGGAUGGCCCUCCAAGCCGCCCAGGUUACCCCGGCGCUGUCUAUUCUGCAAGACAUGCAAAUAGGCCCCGUCCUGCCCUCGGAUGACCUGUUGAUCUCUCUCCACGCGCACGCGGCCCGUUUCUUUGCCUCACACGACCUCCUGAGUGUGCCACCACCACUCAGGAUUCGCCCACAGUUCAAAACCAAGAAGAGACUGGAGCUAGAGGCGGAGGGUGCCUUUGUCAAGCGACGACACAAGAGACGACGUUACCGGCGUAUCGACAUGCACACGUCAAUGGAGGGUAACGCACUCCUUGCUCUUGGUGUCCUUGUCGAAGAACAGAUUGCACACGAGCUUCGUGCCGCUGGCUACGUCUCUCAGGAAACCCUUACUCCCGCGGCGCGGUCGCACGCGUCUUCGGCUGCUUCGUCCGCAAGUGACGGCGAUGACAGUUCCGCCAACGAUGAGGACUAG